AUGGGUCCCUUCAUCUCCCUCCUGGUAUACCUCUGUGUAGGGCUCCAGCUCGUCGCGGCCCUGGACCGUGACUUUCUCUCCUACCCCACCAAACCCCGAGUAUUCGUCCUGUCCGAUAUCGCCAAUGAACCGGACGAUGCGAUGUCCCUUGUCCGGUAUCUUGUGCACAGCAAUCAAUUCAAAACAGAAGGCAUAGUUGCUACCACGUCGGUAUGGCUCAGGAAUGAGACCCAUGCCGAAGACAUGAUCGAGAUCAUCGACGCGUAUGGCAAGGUCGUGGAUAACCUCAACCACCAUGCUCCGGAGGACUCCCCGUUUCCUUCGGCGGAGUAUUUUCAUGGGAUUGUGAAGAAUGGAUCCUCGGUAUGUUUUUUCUCGCAAGUGUUCUUGUUGGGUUGA